UUCGAUUGUGGAGUUUCCGAGUCAGUUAGAUAAGCACAAACCAUUCCUCCACUGACCCACUGCAAUACUAUACUAUACUAUACUAUACUAAAGAAACUUCCUCUUAUUUCCUCUCAAUCUUCUUCUCUUCUCUAUUUUCCGUGCCUGUUUAAUUUCCCAAAAGUCGAAGCCCAUCAGUUCCAAAAAAUCAUGGGUGAAUUUGGAGGUGAAUAUGAAGAUGAUUAUAGCAAGUGGCCGGGGUGGCUCCGUCCACUUCUGCAGACGAGUUUCUUUCGUCAAUGCAAGGUUCAUGCCAGUGCUCACAGGAGCGAAUGUAAUAUGUUUUGUUUGGACUGUAAGAACGGAGCACUCUGUUCCCUCUGCCUCAAUUUCCACGAAGACCAUCGAGCUAUUCAGAUUAGGAGGUCAUCGUACCAUGAUGUGAUAAGGGUUUCUGAGAUUCAAAAGUAUUUGGACAUAACAGGGGUUCAGACCUACAUUAUCAACAGUGCCAAAAUCGUUUUUCUGAACGAACGCCCUCAGCCACGGCCUGGUAAAGGCGUCACCAAUACUUGCCGAGUCUGUGAACGCGGCCUCCUCGAUUCCUUUUCUUUCUGCUCCCUUGGCUGCAAGGUUGCGGGGACAUCGAAUAAGUUUGAAAAGAAGAAGAAAAUGUGGGAGUGGGAGGAAUCCAUAGACGGUGGUGGUACAAAAAGGCACAAUAAACAGAUGAAGAACAAAAUACAGAGUUUUAGUCCAUCAACGCCCCCUCAGAGUUGGUCAAGUGGAAAAAGGAGGAAGGGAAUUCCUCACAGAGCUCCAACCGGAGGAAUUAUUAUAGAAUACUAAUAAUGGGUGCUGAGCUUUGUCAAUGGAAGCCGGUGCCGGAAUUUCUUUCAAUCUCAAGAGGUCAAAGCUAGCGUUCUGUAUAUUAAUUAAUACUUAUGUGUAUAACAGAGGUAUGGUAUGGGAAAUACAUAAAUAAAUAAAGUUAGAAACGAAUAUGUAAAUAUAUACAUACUAGUGUGGUUUUCAUAAAUAAAAUUACUAGGGUUUGCACUUCUGAAUAUGAUACUUUGAGGACCAGUUUGGACAUUAUGAAAGUGAAUGGUUGAUUA